CAACAAGCUGAAGAGGUGAUGGAAGGAGAAUGCACACGUGCAGAAGGUCACUCGUGUCCUUGGGGCUUUCCCUCUUCCUCGUGCCACUAAGGAUAAAAAGCUCAUUUCACUCAAGCACUUACAGACAUUCCCCUCGACAACCGUCACGAUGCUGCAGCUGCUGACAUUCCUGGUGGAAAAGCUCUCCCUCCUCUCCAGCCUGAAACUUUUUGAGUCCAGCUGGUUGGACGGUGAGGACCAGGAGCCCCCCGCUCAGCGCGGACCGCCACCGCCCCCCCGCAGAGGAGACCUGCUUGAGGUCCCAAGAACCAUUUUCACCCACUUCGGUAUUUACCUAGGUGACAAUAAAGUAGCUCACCUGAUCCCUGACAUCCUCCCUGUUCUUACAAACGACAAGAAGCUCAUCAGCUCUGUCAUUACGAACAAGAGACUCAUCCUCGGCUGCCUCUACAAGUGCGCCACGGUGCGCGUGGACACGCUGGAGGAUUUUGCUUAUGGCUCCAACAUCCUGGUUAACCGCAUGGAUAAGAUGAUGAAGGCACAAGCGUUUCCCAAUGAAGAUGUCGCCCAGAGAGCCGAAAAACAGAUCGGAGGGAUCCCAUACAGUCUGCUGUGGAAUAACUGUGAACACUUUGUGACAUACUGCAGAUAUGGACAUGCAGCAAGCCGCCAAACAGAGAAGUUCUGUGAGUGUCUGAAAUCAAUCAUCAGAGACCAGCGCAGCGUCAUUGUUACAGGACUGCUUGGAAUUAUCUCCAUGGUCUGUUUUGGUAUGGCAGCUUCAACUACAUUACCCACAAUUCUAAUCCCCUUCACUCUGUGGAUGGCUGGUUAAAAACGGGGCUCAGCGCAAAGAAUGUGCAAAUGAACUGAACUGAACUUUUUACUUGGCAAAGAAGACUGACCGGGAACCUCUUCCAAUCACUGGACUCUUGUCAUGUGAUGCCUUAUAAAUCUGCUCUACAACAAUAUACUUUCAUUUUAUUGUGUAGGCAAUGCUGAAUGUUUUGUGCGUUAAUAGUUUCCUGCACAGCUUAUGCUUGUCCUCUCACCAAGUGUGGUGAGGGACAUUAAAUCUCUGAUACAAGACUACAGUUAGUGAUUCACCUUGCUAACAUUUGAGUCACCACAAAAGUGAAUACACAGAGUACAUGAACUGUAACAAUAUCUUUAGCAUCAUAAUGUACAUAGAGGAGAUUUUAUAAUGAUGUACUUAAUAUAGUGAUGUAAAUAUGAAAAAAUGUUUAAUAAAAGAAAUGUAUUUUUA